AUGAGAAUGUCUGUUAGUGGCAGAAGAGGCAAAAGAUGGAAAUUUUUUCAGCUCUUUGCCACUUGUUUUAUAUUAAGCUUCAUGGUUUUCUGGGGCCCGAUCAAUAAUCACAUUGUGAACCAUAUGAAGUCCUACUCCUACAGAUACCUCGUGAACAGAUACGGCUUUGUGAAUGAUUCCCUGUCUCUCAAGCACACCUCCGAGCAACCUCACUACCGAUACUUGAUCAACCACAAAGAAAAGUGUCAGACUCAAGAUGUCCUCCUCUUAUUGUUCAUAAAGACUGCCCCUGCAAACUAUGGCCGACGCUCUGCAAUCAGAAAAACAUGGGGCAAUGAGGAUUAUGUUCGGUCCCAGCUGAAUGCCAACAUCAAAAUUCUGUUUGCCUUGGGGACUCCUGCUCCACCAAAGAGAGAAGAACUGCAAAGAAAACUGAUUUGGGAAGAUGAAAAGUACAAGGACAUAAUUCAGCAAGACUUUGUUGAUUCCUUCUACAAUCUUACUUUAAAACUGCUCCUUCAGUUCAGCUGGACAAACAGCUUUUGUCCACAUGCCAAAUUCCUGAUGACGGCUGAUGACGACAUAUUUAUCCACAUGCCAAACCUCAUCGGAUACCUUCAAGGGCUAGAGCAAAUUGGUGUUCGAGACUUUUGGAUUGGUCAUGUUCAUCGUGGCGGCCCUCCUGUUAGGGAUAAAAGCAGCAAAUACUAUGUUCCCUAUGAAAUGUACCAAUGGCCAGCUUACCCUGACUAUACAGCUGGGGCUGCCUAUGUCAUUUCCAGCGAUGUGGCUGCCAAAGUCUAUGAAGCAUCGCAGAUGCUGAACUCCAGUCUGUACAUAGAUGAUGUGUUCAUGGGCCUGUGUGCCAAUAAAGUGGGGAUAGUGCCACAGGACCACAUGUUUUUUUCUGGGGAAGGUAAGGCUCCUUAUCAUCCUUGCAUCUAUGAAAAGAUGAUGACAUCUCAUGGACACUUACAAGAUCUGCAGGAGCUCUGGAUGGAGGCCACAGAUCCUAAAGUAAAGAACAUCUCAGAAGGAUUUUUUGGUCAAAUAUACUGCAGGUUAAUUAAGAUAGUUCUCUUCUGCAGAUUGAUUUACAGGAAUCCGUACCCUUGUAGGGCUGCAUUUGCUUAACAGCACUUGAAUACUCGUAUUCUCUGUCAUUGAGCUAAACUUGGAGGGGAAAAAAGUCUGCAAACAUUUCUCUACACCCUAAGUAAAAUGAACUGAAAGCAAAAAGAUCAUUUAAGAUCCCAGGGAAUUAAAAUAUUUCUUUGAUUACAGAAACUAUUCAAUGCAACACCUAAUUCAUGGCUUAAAUUCAUUUCAAGGAUUUCAGAUUCUAAAAGAUUUAGAUCAUGAGCAAAGGAAAAAGUAAAGCAAAAUUCAAGUUCUCACUUGGUGCCACCUGUGUCUUUGAGGUAUGAAGAGCAAUUGCGAUGUCUUAGUAUCAAAAUAAUGGUUGUGGGAAAUGCCUAACAGAUAAAUAAUGGAGCAUUUCUAAGAAAUUAAUGUCUUUAGAACAAGCAUUUCAAUUUAUUUUUAUUAAAAAGUACUUGGCGGAGGUGGACAGAUGGUAUAGAAGAAAAGUAUACCAACGUGAAGAAAGUUUUGUUCUAAUAAGGACAUAGAGGAAAAUGUCUACAGUCUUGUUAUGGUUGAAUCACUUAACACUGGCAUUCCUAUAAAUAUUUAUCUAGACAGUUCUGGCACCAUUUAAAAUAUACUUACAUAGUUUUCUCUAAUUUUUAAUAUCAAAUUUGAGAAAGUCAUCAGCUCUGCUCUCACCAGGAAAAUCUAAAAUUAUCAAGCAGGAGUAGUUCUUGCCCAUGAGAGCCCUCUCUAAAGAGAAAUUGCUGUCAACUCCAUUAAGCUGGUUUUGAUUUAAUGAAUGAUGCCAUGGAUUUUAAAGAAUUAAAUAUUGGCCUUUGCUUAAGGUAGUUGUUUGAAUACUGCUUACAUAGAAGAAUAUAAUAAGGGAAGAGACUUCAAGAAAAGACAGGGCUAGGGCUGUAACUCAAUACCCAACAAGAAAAGACAAAGUUGCAUAAAAAGACUCUUUUCCUUGUAACUUGUGAUGUGUUAGCUUGGAGUCCAAAUCACAGCAGUGAUUACUAGACUCAGUCCAUGACCUACCAGCAAGAUCUCAUAGGCCACAGAUUUUGUUCCAAACUGACUUUUAAUUUAAAAGUUUUUAAUAUGCUACCAUGUCUAAAUAAUCCAUUAUUUGGCUAAAUAACUAUCAGUGAUGAUCUUUUAAGUCUUUCAAACAUGGAAGCAGAGCAAGAGUGGUAGAGAAACUAACCAAACGAAGCUAAAAGGUUUGGUAAAGCUGCAUAUUAUUUGUAACCAGCGGUGAUUUUACAAAGUAGGAUGAAAAAUGUGCUGGAAUGUCGAUGAUGCACGAGCACAGAAAGGACUAAGAGACGUCCAUGGAUGGAGACAUGCAAUGCAGGCCAAACCAAUGACUUCAGCAAAAGCAAAUAGCCCGUUUAACAAACUUCAGACAGAGGCACAUGUUAGAGAGAAGCUCAGCUAUCAUUAGGAUAGUAUUGGAAAAAAAAGUAAAACAAAGCAAAACAAAAAACAAAAUCUAAGAAUUUCUCAGAAAACACAACUAAAUGAUACCUGUGUUUUUGCAGGUAGAUUUUUUUUUAAUGUUUACAGAAAUCUUUGUGAGUUUUUCUACUAUGAUAUUUGAAGCUUGUUUACACUGCUUGGGUAAUUUCUUACUAACCUCAAGAUGUGAUGUUAAGCAUUCUUAAGAUAGUUAUUUUUAGGAUAGAUUCAGGGUUUUAGAUUAUUACAGUUCAGAUUUUUCUGAUCCGUUUUUAAAAAAAAAAACUAGGAAACAAAGGUGUUAUUUGACAAGCAGUUUCAUAGCUAACCAGCACUCACCAGUUGGCCCUUUGAUAACUGCUGGCUUUGGGUUUUAUGUGCCCGAGUUUCAAUUUUGAGCUUUGAAAAGUUGCCACCGAUUAGAAAACAUAAUUUUCUUGUGGCCACUGAGGUGGUCUUGUUUACACUCAGUACUCUAUGAAGCAGUUAUUUAUUUGCUUGAUUGAGCUCUCUUGAACAGUGUUCAUCCUUUUUAUUUUUGCUUAGAAUAGAAUAGAACCGGUUUGAAGCUAAAGGAAUAUGAAGGUACUUUGUGUCUUUUGGAAUUGUUAGAUUAUUCCACCAACAGACCCAACGGCCUGAAAAGUGUGUAAAUGGAAUUAUUCUAGCCUUUUAAAAAGGAAGAAAAACCUUGGUGCUGAAUUGCAGUGUUGUUUUCAAAAUGAAAAAUAAAAUAGAAAAGGAAAACAAACUACUGGUCCCUUGAGUAAAAGAAAAACAUGUCUAUAUACAGUAUUAUUGCUUAAAAAAAAACUUCUUAAUUCUUGAUUGGUUUGCAUAUAUUAUUCAGCUAUUAGUUUUAUACCAAAAUGUUCAAUAUUUAUAUUGCUUGAGUUUCAAUCUUAUAUGGCAAAAUAAUUAGGAGGUCUAAAAAGUCUAUG